AUAUUGGCUUAAAUGGUUUGAUUGAAAUGUAAAUUAGCUAAGGUAUAUAACGCGGUCCUCCUAGCACUAACUCAAAUGCUUUAUUUCUCCUUCUCUCGAAAGCUUAAGAAGCUAAACAAGAGCCAUGAAGAUUAGACUGCCAGUCGCGGUUGCCUUGAUCAUCUGUCUUCAACUGUCCGAGGGGACUAACACUCCAAUCCUUCCCUCCGAUUACCAAGAUGUCAUCAAACAAGGCUUCUCAACAAAUUGGUUCAAGACCAGCGACCCGUUAUCUAAAUACAACGCCCAGAACAUCGAUGAUGUCUAUGCAAGAGGCUUUCGCAACUUGCGACUUCGAUGCAAUGCUGAAUUGUAUACAGCCCCCUACACUGACUCUGCAUUCGAUGAUUUUCUCACGAGUUUGGCUACGGUGGUGGAUAAGUGUAUCCAAGUUGGCGUCACUCCCAUAAUAUCGUGGAUUCACCACCAGGACGAAGCGUUCGCCAAGGAGCAAGCACGACUCAACUACGUGGCAUGGUGGACGAAGGUAGCGACACACCUUAAAGACAGGUCAUACAACCUCAGCUUCAAUCUCUUCACCGAGUUAGGGAUCGACGGGUGCGGGAACCAAUGCAGCGAGAGUCUGCGCGAGAAUACCACGGCCUACAACCAGUGGACCAAAGACGUGGCCAGCGCGAUUCGCAAAUCCGGGGGCAAGAACGCACAGCGCAUCCUCAUACUUGGCUCGCCUAAGAAGACAGCCAAAGACCUCGAUCAAAUCGAUCCGACCAUCUACGCGAAUGACGACUAUAUGAUGGCAGAGUGGCACAUCUACGCGUCCGGACCGAAUAAGGUGGAUGGAAGUCAGAAAUACUGGUCUGGCGAUGGCUCGCCUUUAGGAAGAAAGAACGUGGAAGAUAACAUUCAGUACGCGACGGAUUUCACCCAAACCAGCAAACUCGCAACGUACCUGGGCGCCUGGAUGCCCACCGAUAACAAGGACGGAGCCUUGGACGAGGCAGAGGUGAUCAGCUUUGCACGGUACUUUGCCAAGAAGUUGAAGGAGCAAGGAGUCCCGUGGUCGUUGAACGUGCUGGAUAGGUAUUACGACACAGCCAACAACGAGUGGUUGAAAGACCCACAAGACAUCAAAGGCGCCUUGAUCGACAUGAACAAGGUGCUCAAUAAUAUCAAGAAAGUCAUGUAACUUGUGGUAAUGCUCUUGUCGACACUAGACUGACUAUAUGUUGUAAUGAAAUGUGGGUAUAAAAUGUUCAGUUUUAAAAAGUUAUUUGUUAUUUGCCUUUAUUAUUUGGAUGUAGAAUUGGGCGUGACCUGUUUUGGAUUCCCCUGUGACUUUCUUGAAUACCGACCUAUGGAACAAUUACUCAUUUUAACCCAUUCGUACAUUACCUAAAUACCGCCGUAUACCCAGUCACUGCCCCACAGAGGUUUAAAGGCUUCAUAGAUGGCAUGCAUCGGCCCCAAAGAGAUUUGAUGUUUUCCUUGUUGACUUUGAAGAGCACUAGCAUGGUUAUAGCCAUUUGUAAUAUGUCAUUAACAGAAGACAAAUAAAAACGGUGUUGGUUGA